AUGGAAAAACGCGAACUUUUGCGUGAGGCUACUAGACGUCCUUUAGAUGAUGCAGCUAAAGAGAGGAGACAGAGAAAAACUCUUAGCUUGUUGGAACAAGAUAAUCACAUUGAAGAACCCCACUCAGAUGUGAAAGGAACGAAGAGACCACAAUUUGGAGAUGAGGAUGAAGAUAUUUCAGCCAACAACAAGCGCCGAAAAAAGAAACGCAUAUCGAAUAUUCGUGCACGCUGUAGAAAAACGUUUGAGAUUUUACUGGAUGAAGAAUAUCAAGCAACGAAAGGAGGGACUACUGGUGCCUGCUAUUUUACGGCCGCCGUUCCUCCGAGCAGGCUACCCAGGAGGAAGUUUUGUAAUUGA